AAUGGCUCCCAUGGCUCCUGCUCCUGGUGCUCCCAAAGUCUCAAAGGGCAAAGCCACCGAGUCCAGUGACCGCCCACGGCAACUUGCUGCUGCGUUGAAGGAGAAGGGUGACCUGGAACACCGUGUGGCAGUGGUGCAGCAAGAGAAGCUGGACACCGAGCGGAAGUUGGAUUCCGUCCGCCAUGAGAACCAGCAUUUGCACACUCAGCUCGAGGCACUGAAGGCCGAAAGGACUACCCUUCUGGAGCAUUUGCACAGAGACAAGCUGCAGCGACAGGACUUGCGGCAAGAAAGUAGUGUUCUCAUGAAGGAGUUGCAAGUGCUGCGACAGCGUGUGUACAAAUCUGUGGAGGAAAGUACCCGCCUGAAAGUUGAUUUCAAGACUUUGGAGGAAGAGCUGAGGAGUCUCCGCCAGCAGCAUCAGGAUGAGGAGCAGAACCAACGACUCUUAGAACAGAAGGUGGAGUCUGGCAAGAAAGAGCGAGAAACUCAACGCCUGGCCCUCAGGGAGAUGCUUCAGCAGAAUCGUUUAAAACGAUCCGAGGCGGGGGCGUUGGAAGGGGAACGGCAUUUUUUGAUGGGCCAAUUCAAUGAAGCCAUGCAGGAAAAAAGAAACCUGGAGAAAAAGUUGGGAAGAAAUGAGGCCUCCCAAUCAGCCAUGCAAGGCCGCUUUGCUGUGCUCCAACAAGAGAUCAAAAAAUUGAAGCACUGUGAUAAGGAAGCAGCACAGGCAAAUGACAGUUUACAUGGAGAAUUGAUGAAGCUGGAGGAGAGCAAAAAGGUUUUGCUUUUGAGACUUCAAGACUCCAACCAGAACUUGGCCUCCAAGCGACAUGAUUUCUUGCAACACAGUCUGCAGAGUACUUUGGAGUUCAGCCCAAAGACCAGGGCAGGAAAUGAAGAGGUCAUGGAUCCUUCCAAGUCGCGUGGGCUUAGCAUCAAAGAAACAGAGGCAGUCUCAGUUCAAGCGGCACUUCCCACUCUCAACCAACGGAAUAGCCAAAGCAGCAAGCAGCGGAGUUCGGGGCAAGGCAAGGCUAAAGACUUGAUUUCUGGAGCAAACCCCACAGGCGUGAGCCCUGAAGGAGAGUCGUCGAAGGAACAAAAUUCGCAUGAACAAAGAGAGUCGUUGAGUGUGCACCAAGAAGCAAAGGAUUUGGGUAUUGUUGGAGAUGAUGCAAAUGACCUGAACUUGAAGCAAGAAAACAUGCGCAUGCGAGAAGGUGAUGCAGAUGGUCUCAACUUGAAUGAAGGAGAUGCAGAUGAUUUGGGCAUUUUUGAAGAUGAUAAUGUAGAUGGCCUGAAUUUGAAUGAAGGAGAUGCAGAUGAUUUAGGCAUUUUCGAAGAUGAUGUAGAUGGCCUGAAUUUGAAUGAAGGAGAUGCAGAUGAUUUAGGCAUUUUCGAAGAUGAUGCAGAUGGUCUCAAUUUGAAUGAAGGAGAUGCAGACGAUUUAGGCAUUUUCGAAGAUGAUGCAGACGGCCUCAAUUUCAAUGAAGGAAAUGCAGAUGAUCUGGGCAUUUUCGAAGAAAAUGCAGCCGGCCUCAAUAUAACCAACGGAGAUGCAGAUGAUAUGGGCAUUUUCGACGAUGAUGCAGACGGCCUGAAUUUGAAUGACGGGGAUGCAGAUGAUUUGGGCAUUUUCGAGGAUGAUACAGAUGGCCUUAAUUUGAAUGAGAAAGACACAGAUGAGCAAACCCGCUGAGUUUAGAUGCGUGGUCAUGCAUUUUUUGCUUUAAAUCUCAGUUGGCGGCUGCUUAAAUGGCAUUCCGCAGACUCUGAUGAGGACACGAGGUACCAGCCUGGUUCGCCAAUUAGAAAAACAUAGGCAGC